GUUUCCUGGUCAGUGCAUCUGAUGCUCGAGUCGGAGGCACGUCUCUGUGGAUAAUCUCAUCGAGCUGUUCUUCUGAAUACAUCGAUAUGAAGGCGCUAACGGGGCUGCUGCUGUUGGUCUUUGGUCACGGUGUGUCCUCAGUGCUUCACUCUCUGCAUUAUUUCUAUACGGCGUCGUCUGGACUCACAGCCUUCCCAGAGUUUGUUGCUGUUGGGAUGGUGGAUGGAGUUCAGAUGGUUCACUAUGACAGCGUCAGUAAGAGAGCCGUACCCAAACAGGACUGGAUGGAGCAGGUCACCAGAGAGGACCCCGCCUACCUGGGGAGGAGCACUGGAACAUUUCUGGUUGAACAGCAGAGCUUCAAAGCCAACAUUGGGAUUGCCAAGCAGCGCUUUAACCAGACAGGAGGUGCCCACAUAUAUCAGGAGAUGUAUGGCUGUGAGUUGGAUGAUGAGGAUGAUUCUACUGAUGGUUAUGAGCAGUAUGGUUAUGAUGGAGAGGACUUCAUAUCGUUGGACCUGAAGCACCUGACCUGGGUCGCUGCAGUACGUCAGGCUGUCAGCACCAAACAGAAAUGGGAUGGGUAUAGAGGUUAUAAUCAACUGCAGAAGCACUACUACACCAAGCAGUGUGUUGAUUGGCUGAAGAAGUACCUGUCCUAUGGGAAGAGCACUCUGCAGAGAACAGAGCGUCCGCGGGUGUCUCUGCUCCAGAGGGGCCCCUCCUCCCCAGUGGUGUGCCAUGCUCCCCAGUGGUGUGCCAUGCUCCCCAGUGGUGUGCCAUGCUACAGGCUUCUACCCUGACAGGGUGGUGGUGUUCUGGAGGAGAGACGGCCAGGAGCUCCAUGAGCAGGUGGACCCCGGGGAGGUCCUCCCCAACCACGACGGGACCUUCCAGGUCAGCGUGGACCUCAACCUCACGGCCGUCCCACAGGAGGACUGGGGGAGG